AUGGGGAAGGCAAGCAAAUGGAUGAUAAACUUCUUGUUAGGAAGAAAGGAUCAGGAGAAAGACAAAAAGAAAGAUGUUUCUCUUGAAGAAAGUAUGCCGCCACCAACACCACCAAGUAUUAAGAGGAGAUGGAGCUUUGGAAGAUCAUCGAACAAACAGAAAUUUCAUAAGAGUUCCAAAUCUUUUGACUUUAUCACCACAAACUCAGCAGCAAGACAAGCUAUUUUAGAGUUGCAGAAUCAGCAGAUCAAUAACAGCUUGGCUUUGGUUGUGGAGCCAACAAAACCUGCAAGAGGUGAAAUAAUAAGCAAACCAGUUCAACAUGCAGCUGCCACCAAAAUUCAAGCUGCUUAUCGAUCUUAUUUGGCAAGGAAGGCAUUGUGUGCUUUGAGGGGACUGGUGAAGUUACAAGCACUGGUAAGGGGUCACAUAGUGAGGAAGAAAACAAGUGCCACUCUUCGAGGUAUGCAUGCGUUAAUGGCGAUUCAAGUUAGAGCUCGGUUUCAGAGGCUGCAGAUGGCUGAGGAGUCACAGUUUGUUGUCAAAAGCCAAUCUUUAAGACACAGCACGCAUAUUCCUCAAGACAUCGGGAUUGGCUUCACAAGAGCACACAGAGUAAGCCUUGUUAUUUCUUUCCCAUCUGCACUAUUUUCCUUGAAUGAAGCAAUUGAUACAAAUCUUCAUGGAAAACAUGGGAUUCCCAAGAGGAAAUAUGAGUAUUUGAAUCAUGCACAAAUUGGAAGAAUAGAGCAUGGUGUUACCACAUUUUUUUCGGGAGAGGUUUCAAUCUCAAAGCGAGAACAUCACCAAUACGAGGAGAUCUCUUUCUCCACAGCACAGAACACUCCCAAGCAUUAUCAGAAAUUGUCCAACAGUAUUCCAGGAAGAGCCUCUCUCGGCAAUGAACAACCGGAUUAUUCAAAUGCUCUGCUCCACGAACCAAAUUACAUGUCUAAGACAGAAUCUUCCAGGGCAAAGUCCAGGUCACAGAGUGAACCAAAGCAGCGUCCCAAAUGGGGCGUGAGACAGAAAACAGAUAAACGAACAGCUUCAAUGGACCGAACCAAUGUCCUGCUGGACACUCAAACACGACAGUCUUCUCCAAAUUCAAUAAGGAUUGUUCAUGGAAACCAGGAUCCUUGGUUCAUCAAGCUCUAUCGAUCGAAGAGGAUUCUCAGGGACUGUGAGUCUGUUGCCAACAGCACAGCAACCAGUCAUUCCAAGUACCGCAACUCUCUGAUAGAGUAUGAGGUAAGUUAUGAUCGAGACUUCGCUGGAUCUAGACUGCAGAUUGCUUUUCUUGAAUAUUUGUUUGCCUGA